UUUAAUACUAAACUGAUAGACACGAUAAACCCUAACGCAUCGUCUUCAUCCGCUUUAAAGGAUUUUCAGGACUCUAUUCACUGUUCAAAGCACAAAUCAAACCAGAAAAUGAAAGGAGGGACCCUUCAGAUCAAUUGGCACGACACAAAACCGGUUCUAACCCUAGAUUUUCACCCUAUUUCCGGCAUCCUCGCCACAGGUGGCGCCGAUUACGAUAUCAAGCUAUGGCUAAUAGCUUCUGAAGAAGGUGAAAAGAAAGUUCCAACAGCUACUUACCAAAAUAGCCUUUCUUACCAUGGAUCAGCUAUCAAUGUUAUCCGAUUCUCCCCUUCUGGAGAGCUGCUUGCUUCUGGUGCUGAUGGGGGUGAGCUAAUAAUAUGGAAGCUACACAACACUGAUUCUGGCCAAGUAUGGAAGGUUCUCAAGACAUUAUCGUUUCAUCGAAAGGAUGUGUUGGAUUUGGAGUGGUCUACUGAUGGCUUAUUUCUCAUUUCUGGAUCAGUUGAUAACUCAUGUCUCAUAUGGGAUGUUAAUAAAGGAUCUGUGCAUCAGAUUCUAGAUGCUCAUUUCCAUUAUGUUCAAGGUGUAGCAUGGGAUCCUUUAAACAAAUAUGCAGCUUCACUUAGUUCAGAUAGAACAUGUCGCAUAUAUGUCAACAAACCACAAAAUAAAACAAAAGGAAGUGAGAAGCUUAAUUAUGUAUGUCAACAUCUUCUUGCAAAAGUGGAACCACAAGUGGUGGAAGAAGUCAAGUCUGCUAAACACCAUCUUUUCCAUGAUGAGACACUCCCAUCUUUCUUCAGAAGAUUAGCCUGGUCUCCUGAUGGCUCAUUUCUUCUUGUGCCAGCUGGUUCUUACAAGCUCUCACCCACUUCAGAACCUGUCAACACUGCUUAUAUUUUGUCACGAAAAGAUCUCUCAAGGCCUGCUUUAAUGCUCCCUGGUGCAAGCAAAGCUGUUGUAGCAGUGCGUUUCUGCCCUUUGGCUUUCAGUCUCCGUGGGUUGACCUCAUGUUGUUCAUCUUUCAAGCUCCCAUAUCGCCUGAUAUUUGCAGUUGCCACAUUAAACUCAUUAUAUGUUUAUGACACUGAAGGCAUUGAGCCAAUAGCAGUCUUAGCUGGACUUCACUAUGCAGCCAUAACUGAUAUUUCAUGGUCACCAACAGCCAAGUUUUUGGCAGUGUCUUCUCAAGAUGGUUACUGUACACUGUUGGAAUUUGAGAACAAUGAAUUGGGAUCACCCGUCUCUUUCUCAGAAAAUAAGCAAGUCUUAUCCGAGCAAAAUAUAAUCAAUGUUGAUGAUCUGGAAAGCCCGGAAAGAAUCGGAAAAGGGAACGCCAUGGUUAUCGAUGAUACUCAAGAAAAGGAAACAGUGAAACCGGAAUUGGAAUCGGAACCAAAACCGGAACCGGAAUUGGCACAGCCAAGUGUAGUGAUUCCAACGAAAGAGAAACCAGCGGUUCCAAGUAAACCAGCCAAGAGACGAAUUACACCAAUGGCCAUAGAUUAAGCUUACUUUCUGCAUCUUUUUGUAUUCAGAUUCAAGAGUAUAUUUUUAUUUUUAUAUAUUGAUUUGUAUAAUUUUGAGGAGAGUGGAUAAUGGUCUUUAGAUUGAUA